CUCUGUGCUACUUGUUCUAUAUAAAUUCUACACAGCCCUUGCUUCAUAGCACAAUCUAUUUUCACACGAGUAACAGAGUAGGACCAUUGAAGGAAGAAAGAAAGACGAUGGACCUGGGAACCUAUGGCAAUCCUACACCAGCAGAGAAAAAGAUCGACUCUUACUAUGAUGUGCCAGAAGGAGUGGAUAUUCGUGGAAGAUACGAUGAAGAGUUUGCAAAAAUCCUCACAAAAGAUGCUCUGAAGUUCGUUGCUGACCUGCAACGUGAGUUCAGGAACCAUAUCAAGUAUGCAUUAGAGUGCAGAAGAGAGGCAAAGAGGAGGUACGAUGAAGGGGCUGUGCCAGGGUUUGAUCCUGCUACUAGGCACAUAAGAGAGCAUGAGUGGGUAUGUGCACCUGUUCCACCAGCUGUUGCUGAUAGGAAAGUGGAGAUCACUGGCCCUGUUGACAGAAAAAUGAUCAUCAAUGCUCUCAACUCUGGAGCUAAAGCCUUUAUGGCUGAUUUUGAAGAUGCACUGUCACCGAGCUGGGAAAAUCUUAUGAGAGGGCAAGUGAACUUGAGGGAUGCUGUGGCUGGGACCAUAAGCUUCCAUGACAAGGUCAGAAACAGGGUUUACAAGCUCAAUGAUCAGACAGCAAAGCUUUUUGUGAGAGUAAGAGGUUGGCACCUACCCGAGGCACAUAUUCUGAUUGAUGGUGAACCUGCAACUGGUUGCCUUGUUGAUUUUGGCCUCUACUUCUACCACAAUCACUCAACAUUCCGGCGCACUCAAGGUGCUGGCUUUGGCCCUUUCUUUUACCUUCCCAAAAUGGAGCAUUCAAGGGAAGCUAAGAUAUGGAACAGCGUGUUUGAGAAGGCUGAGAAUGUAGCAGGCAUCGAAAGAGGAAGCAUCAGAGCAACUGUUCUGAUAGAAACACUUCCUGCGGUGUUUCAAAUGGAUGAAAUUCUGUAUGAGCUGAAGGAUCACUCGGCGGGUCUGAACUGUGGGCGUUGGGAUUACAUUUUCAGUUAUGUCAAGACCUUCCGGGCUCACCCUGAUCGCCUGCUACCAGACAGGGUCCAGGUUGGCAUGACUCAACACUUCAUGAAGAGUUACUCCGAUCUCCUCAUUAGAACGUGUCAUAGACGCGGUGUGCAUGCUAUGGGAGGAAUGGCAGCACAGAUUCCAAUCAAAGAUGACCCAGUGGCUAACGAGGCAGCACUGGAGCUUGUGAGGAAGGACAAGCUAAGAGAAGUGAAGGCAGGGCACGACGGGAGUUGGGCAGCACACCCUGGUCUGGUUCCAGCAUGCAUGGAGGUUUUCGACAACAACAUAGGCAAUGCUCCGAACCAGAUAAAGACAGCAAAACGCGAAGACGCUGCAAACAUAACCGAACAAGACCUCUUGCAGAUACCAAUAGGAGGCCGAAGCAUGGAAGGCCUGAGACUAAACACAAGGGUGGGAAUUCAGUACAUGGCAGCAUGGCUGAGUGGAACAGGUUCGGUGCCUCUCUACAACCUCAUGGAAGAUGCUGCCACUGCUGAGAUCAGCAGGGUGCAGAACUGGCAGUGGCUCAAGUAUGGAGCGGAACUAAAUGGGGAUGGGGUUGGAGUGAAAGUGAGCAAAGAACUCUUUGGUAGAGUGGUUGAAGAAGAGAUGGGUAGGAUUGAAAAGGAAGUGGGGACAGAGAGGUUCAAUAAGGGAAUGUACAUGGAGGCUUGCAAGAUCUUCACUCGGCAAUGCACGUCGCCAACGCUUGAUGAUUUUCUCACUCUCGAGGCCUAUAAUUACAUAGUAGAGCAUCACCCCAGCGAAUCAUCAAAGCUUUGAACUCAGAACUGAGAAGCCAGUUCGUUGUGUCUUGUGUCCUGCGUCCUUGGGACGUUCCUAGUUAUGCGUGGAAGAAAGAAUAAAGUUCGUGAUUGUAGCUAUUUUGAAGGAGGGAUACAACUUGUGCUGUAUGUUUACCAUCGUUGAAAAUAAAAUUAUAAUAUAAAAAAUUUGAAAUUUA